AUGAUAUCAGAUAGUCUGGGGGACAGAGGCUUUGACGGUUUACCAGGUCUGCCCGGAAACAAGGGUCACCGGGGAGAUACAGGCAAGAAAGGGCCAGUCGGACCCCCAGGAGCCCCUGGAGAGAAAGGUUCUGAUGGUCAGCCAGGGCCGAGAGGUCAACCAGGAGAACCAGGUCUGGCAGGGCUGACGGGUCAGAGGGGUCUUCCAGGUCCUCCAGGACAGCAGGGUAUUCGUGGGAUUGAUGGCGUUCAGGGCUCAAAGGGGAACCUGGGGCCGCCUGGAGAACCUGGAGCUCCAGGACAGCAGGGGAAUCCAGGAUUCCAGGGAUUUCCUGGACCACAGGGACCAGUCGGAGUGCCAGGAGAAAAGGGACCGCAGGGGAAGAAGGGAAUGAAGGGUCUGCCUGGAGUGGACGGGCCCCCGGGCCAUCCAGGACGAGAGGGGCCGCCAGGGGACAAGGGUCUUCCGGGUGCAGCAGGAGUUCAGGGGCCUGUGGGAUAUCCUGGAGCCAGAGGAGUCAAAGGUGCUGAUGGGCUCAGAGGACUGAAGGGCAGUAAAGGAGAGAAGGGUGAAGACGGUUUUCCUGGAGCCAAAGGAGAAAUGGGAGCUAAAGGAGACAAUGGAGACGCGGGGGCACUGGGCAUGCGUGGUGAGGACGGUCCUGAGGGCCCUAAAGGCCAGAGCGGCCCUCUGGGGGAACCUGGACCCGCCGGCAUCGCCGGAGAAAAGGGGAAACUGGGAGUCCCGGGUCUGCCUGGUUAUCCAGGUCGUCAGGGCCAGAAGGGUGGAGAUGGUUUUCCUGGAGCUGUCGGAGUUCCUGGAGAAAAAGGAAAGAAGGGUCCACCGGGUCCUGCGGGGGCCGCAGGUCAGAGGGGCCCCAAUGGUGCUCGAGGAGCCAGAGGUGCACGAGGACCCACCGGUAAAUCAGGAGACAAGGGGACUUCAGGACACGACGGCCCUCCGGGGCCCACAGGAGACAGAGGUCCGCAAGGGCCUCAGGGACGUGUUGGAGAGAUGGGCCCCAAAGGACCCAAUGGGCCUGCAGGGAAGGACGGGCUGCCGGGUCAUCCAGGCCAGCGAGGGGAGCCGGGUUUCCAAGGCAAGACGGGUCCUCCAGGGCCAACCGGUGUGGUUGGGCCUCAGGGUAAUACAGGAGAAACUGGACCAAUGGGGGAACGAGGACACCCGGGCUCACCAGGACCUGCUGGAGAGCAGGGUUUACCUGGAGCUGCAGGGAAGGAGGGUGCAAAGGGCGAUCCUGGAGGUCAAGGCACCUCCGGAAAGAACGGUCCGACAGGUCUGAAGGGCUUCCGUGGUAGUCGUGGAGCACCGGGUGCCAUGGGGCCAGUUGGAUUAAAGGGAGGGACGGGGCCGAUCGGGCCCCCUGGACCUGCUGGGCCCACAGGUGAACGAGGGCCGCCUGGAUUGGCUGGUGCCAUUGGUCAGCCCGGUCGACCUGGAACCAGCGGAGGGCCCGGACCAAUGGGAGAGAAGGGAGAGCCAGGAGACAAAGGUUUAAUCGGACCAGCAGGACAGGAUGGUGAGCAGGGGCCCGUUGGAUUACCAGGUGCGGCCGGCCCUCCAGGACCCCCAGGAGAGGAUGGAGACAAGGGGGAAACUGGAGCUCCAGGACAGAAAGGCAGCAAAGGAGACAAAGGAGAAUCAGGGCCUCCAGGUCCAGUCGGCUCUCAGGGGCCCGAGGGGCAGCCAGGAGCACCGGGUGUGGACGGCGAGGUUGGGCCCACAGGACAGCAGGGCAUGUACGGACAGAAGGGAGACGAAGGGGCCAGAGGAUUCAAGGGCUCCAGGGGCCCGGGGGGGCUGCAGGGAAUGCCUGGUCCUCCCGGAGAGAAAGGAGAGAGCGGGAACUCUGGUCUGCUGGGUCCUCCUGGUCAGUUUGGUCCUAGAGGAGCUCAGGGGCCCUCUGGUGGGCAGGGUCCUCCUGGACGUCCUGGAGUGCGAGGUCAGCCCGGUGGAGUCGGUGAGAAGGGGGAAGAUGGCGAGUCUGGUGAUCCUGGAGCAGUUGGUGUUUCUGGCAGCGCAGGGGAGAAGGGUGAGCAGGGGGAGAAAGGAGACACGGGACCCCCUGGAGCUGCGGGUUCAGCAGGAGCCCGAGGAGCCUCUGGAGAAGACGGAGCGAAGGGCAAUGGGGGCCCCAUCGGUCUUCCUGGAGAUAUGGGCGCUCCUGGAGAGCCGGGUGUAAACGGCAUCGACGGCACUGCUGGAUCUAAAGGAGAUGCUGGAGAUCCGGGGAAACAUGGCCCUCCUGGACCGUUCGGGGAACCAGGACCUCCAGGUAGACCAGGACGGAGGGGUCACUUGGGUCCUCCUGGGAAAGAAGGGCGGCCGGGGCUGAAGGGAGACAAGGGCGCUCCGGGAUACGAGGGCAUCAUGGGAAAGCCGGGGCCAGUGGGUGGGCAGGGGACCUCUGGAAAGCCGGGUCCUCAAGGUCUUCCAGGAAUCCCAGGACCAGCGGGGGAACAAGGCCUGAACGGACCCC